UUGACUAAUUGACUGGGGAGGGGGUAAGGGGGAAGAUUAAAAAUUAAAUGGUUUACAAAUUGGUCUAAGGGAGGGGGUAAGGGGGAACUUUUAUUAUCAAGAGAUGCUAAUUGUUUAACUAAUUGGUUCGGGCAGGGGGUAUUUGGAAACAAUUUGUAAAAUAAAUUGGUUCGAGGGAGGGGUAAGGGAAAAUUUUAAGGUGUUAAUGAGUGAGUGCGCGAAAAUUUGGUGGACGAUGGACAAAUGGUGGAUGCUCUACAAAACCCAAAAUGCUCUCUUUAGAGCAGCAAAUCUAAUAAGUGAAACGAGACAAUUACUAAUUUUUUCUUGUAUAAACUUUUGUAUUUUUCUUUUAAUUUCUUUUAUUAUUAAUAAUUCACACUAG